UGUUGUCUUCGCUCGCGAAGCCGUUAUCUUUUGGUGCUUGUGGACGAAGUCUACACUGUGCGUGAGACAGAAAAAAGCUGGUCUUUAGAACUCAGUUGUAGUUGCUUCGUCCUCUUGUAUUAUUGUGGCACAGCUAGCCUACCCGUGAUUCAAGGACUGCCCAUUUCGCAUCAAACUGGUUUAACUUUUCAAUGUUUGAUAUUUCUUCACACAUUCCUCUUUCAGUAACAAACUCUCUCACCAUGAAACAGAUGGAAUAUAGUUACUGACUGCAAAGUCCAAUCCUUUCGCUUUUAACAUGUCUGCUCAAAGGGAGCAGGUUGGGUGAGGCGCCGGUCUACUGUCGUUUAUGUCAGUUGUCAGACUCAGUUCACUAAACAACGUUUCUAACGUUCCUGAAAGUUUCAGUGCAAGGAUUCUCUGGCAGUGACCGAAGUUUUCUCUCACUGAUCUCCUGUGUGUGGUAAAUGAAGACACGCGCUUCAAGCAUCAUGGGUUCCUCCCGCAAGGUCGUACGUUGGCCCAGACGCAUGCGUGUCGUCAUCAGUGCAAUCCUGAUACUCGGCGCAUGCGUAGUGGUGACUCUGGCGUUGAACAGCAUGUCGAGAACCACACUGCGCGUGAGGCUUCACUCCUCCCAGGAGCGCUUUCUGCGGGAGGCAAUCCAGGAUAUACAACUCCUGCCUCGCAAGCUGUCUGCAAACAGCACCCUCUAUGACGACGACUAUUUCGACGACGAGUCCGACACAGAGGGAGAUAAUACUCGUUGUAAUCAAGGGAAAAAGGGCGACAAGUCUGGUAAAAGUAAACACAACCUGGCCAUCAAAUCGUUUGACGAAGAAGACAAGGAGGCAGGUGACGACGACUACAUCUUUUCGCUUCCUGAGGAGGAGGUGAGGAAUGCGGUGAAGCAGAGGCGAGACAAGUGGUCGCGGCAAAUGUCACUGAAGCGUGUCAAACGAUUGGUGAGUGACGACAUGCAGAGCGACAAGCAUCUGGACCUGACACACCAGGUGUUACCUACACAUUUAGAAAACUACAGGAAUCCAUGCUUUUACGAACGGGAGAGAAACAUUAGUGAAUGCAGAAAAGGACCAUUCACAGAGCUGUCCUCCCAUGCUGGAGAAGACAACACGACAAAGCUCAACACACAACACCGUCUAAGUUGUCUCCCUUACUUCUUCGUCGCUGGCUUUCCGCGGAGCGGUGCUGGUGACGUAAUGAAGAGACUCACACGUCAUCCAGACGUCACAGUCCCUCAUCAAACCAGUUCGGAGUGGUUGAACCGUUAUAGAUAUGCUCAUAGCGACUGUACGUCUGUGAAGACUUACCUGGACUUUAUGCUGAAUGCGACACGGGUGAUUGAUUCGAAGAUCCAAGAGGACGGCUAUCACCCACUAGUCACAGGAGAAGUCAGCACGGACAUUUUGUGGGAUAACCAGGUAUGGCCCGUGUUGCCAGGCAACGAGGGUCAACUGCAGCCACGUUUGACGAACGCAGACUAUCUGUACCACCUGAAUCCGAAGGUUAAGGUCGUCAUUGUCCUCAGAGACCCUGUACACAGGCUGUAUGUUGACUACUGGUCUCAACUGACAAGCUACCCCUUCGAAGCCUCGUCCAGCGAAUUUCACCAGAUUGUGGAACGCUGCCUCGAGGUCCUCAAGACCUGUCUGAAGAGAGAACCUGUUCGCAGCUGUGUAUAUGACGGAGCGGAGGAGACGACAGACUCGAUUCUCCGGAUCAGGACAGGGAUGUACUACAUCAUGGUCCAGGACUGGCUGCGAGUUUUCCCGAGAAAUCAGAUCCAUGUGAUUAACCACGAGACUUUUCAGAGCAACGUGGAGGGCGAGUUGGCUAAGCUGUUCGACUUUCUCGCCCUCAGGCAACCUGACGAUGAUCAGCUGAGCGAGAUGCUGUCCAUAUACGACAUAGAAGAUGAUGAAAUGGAAGAUGCUGUUCUUGAUGACCCGAUGGAGAUGGCAACUCGAGAACUUCUACGAAAUUUCUACUCGCCCUGGAACAAGCUUCUGGCCACAGUUGUAGAAGACGAGAGUCUGUUGUUUGACUGAUGUUGAUGUUGUUUUCAAGCGAGGUGAAGCAAUGUAUUAAAAGGAUACUUUUGUUUUCAGACAGCUAUUAUAUUUAUUAACAUUACCACGACCACAAAAAUGUCGCCUUGUAAUUAUUCUUUGAUUAUAAAGCAAAUAUUACGAGAAAGGAAAGUUCAGAAACUUCCAAACUGCACAAUGUUAGGUGAUGUUAAAAUAUUUACAAAGACCGAACUGUGUGUAUUGAAGUAAGAAUAGCUUUAAAAGUUUAAAAGAAUGUGAAAAGAACACUGUACCAAGCUGCAAGCAGACAUCAAGAUGGGAAUAAAACUGUUUUUGCGUCUUUGUUUAAAGAAUCAGCUGUAAAACAGGAUUUGCAACCGUGUGAGUUGUCAGUCCACCUCACCUACUGUAGGGCAGAGAAUGUAGAAUCUUCCUCGGCGAUCGAAACAUGGUCCAGAGCUUGAUGAAGUGGAGGGAAGGAUAGGAUGGGAGAACGGAAAUACUUGUGCAGUGACACGUUUGUGUAUCUGUGUGCGAGACAAGAAAUAAAAAAAAUAAGGAAAGAAAAACAGAGAAAAAGAAGGAAACCAAGAAAUAAGAGAAUAAUCAUUUGUGACAUGCCUUCAUCCACACCUAGGAUGCAGUUUAUGUAAGUGAUGUACCCAAGAGACACUAACAAAUUGUAAGUCUUGCGAAUGAAAAAUGUUUUUGUAGUUUAUCCUCACUACACAGUUUCGCCAGUCAGCAAUGGGUGUACCAAGGCGUGGAAAAUAAAUUUGAUAUAACAACAGCGACACUAUUUUGGGUCAGGCUCACGAUGAGGUAUCUCUGGAAAAAUAUUUCAAGCUGCAUUUCUAGGAUGCGAUAGAUGAGAUUCCGAAAAG